AUGUUCCUCGAGCCGGAUGCAAGAAAGAAAUCCAAUGGCUCCGCCUUCUUCCACGCGCAAACACCAAUCGUCUCGCCUCGCGAUUAUCUUCCAUUCAUCGAGCGCACUCCGUCAGAAGUCAACCAGCAAAACCAAAAGGUUCAGCAAGUUCAGCAAGUCCAGCAAGUCGAAGAAGUCCCGGAGUCAACUCCUCCGAAACCGACGGUGCGAUUGGUGAGAUCAUCGCCCGCACCAUCAUACGACGACGAGAAGGAAAACAUCCCGUUCGGCAAAGACAGAUCACAAGCGGGCGAACGAGUGCCACUCUCGACAACCGGUAUCCUGACACCUGCAUCGCUAAGACCGGAAAGUCAAAAGCCCGCGCUUGCAGCGCAGCGAGUUUCAGGUGUGCAUGCACCGCCCAAACCUGCGCGCGACAACCUGCUCUCGUCUCUCUACACCACCAACCCACCGUCGCGUGCGGAAUGGCAUCGUCGCAGCGGCAGUUCUGGCAACUAUUCCAACAUUUCCACCUUGCACGGAGAGAGUGUGACCGGCCCGAAGAGUGUGCGCACGCAGAGUACGGCCAGUCAAGGCACUACGCUACGAGGCACUCCUACGCCUUCUGAAAGAGAGAGUUCCGACCGAUCCGCAUACGAUACCAACUCGGGCCAGUGGUCGCUGCAGCCGUUGCACGAGACGUCGCCGAGGCCGUCCACCGUCCGCAUCAUCUCCACGCCUCCACACAGCAUAUACAGCGACAACUGGGAGCAUUCCGUUUCAUCCGAGCCUUCAGCGAAUGCCCAGUUGUGGAGCUCGCCAACUGAGCCGGAGAGUGUCGCAUCAUUUGCCCAGAGGCUCUCUCGCCGAACCGCCUCCACUGGCUCCUUGCCAUCUCCCCGUCAAUCUCUCCAUCACUCAUCACCACCGCGCCGCCGGAGUCAGGGCUCCAUCGAUCGACCCGACUCAGAAGUACUCUCUUCAUCGCCCAACUUUGUUUCUUACAACGAUUCCUCGCCGUCAAGGCCGCAACGCUACCGAUUGUACAAGGCUACGUCCAUCGACUCCAUCUCAUCCCGCCUCCAAACGCCCAAGAUCGUUCGAAUCGAGAGCGGACGCAGCGUUGCAACGACUGUGACCCUUUCGUCCUCACCUUCCCCUUCCGAAGGUUCUCCGCCCCCGGAAUUGGACAUUCCUAAAAAUCAGUUGAGACACAAACCUGCGUCUUCGGCACUUCAUGCCGCCGCGGCUUCAUCUGCGGUCCCCGACGAAGAAGCGAUGGCAGACGAGGAUGUGGACACGCUGCCUUACCCGCGGCAGCCGUUCAUAGGUCAUUUGAGUACGAUUGCGAGCGAGAGCGACGCGCGCAGUCAAGUCACAAGCCAGCAAUUCAGUCAUUUCUCCAUUGGCAGCGGUGUCACGACGGGCGAUGAAGCAAGCAUUAUCGCCUCGACCGCGUCACCCCGACGCUUGCCUAUGAGCUUUGUACAGCAGCUGUCAGACAGCUCGUCUUCGGGCUCGGGAGCUGCCUGGCCCCAGCCUUUGUUCCACGCCAGGACACCGAGCGCACCGCAGCACCCUCUUCCACCCAUUCCCCCAAUCCCCGGCAGUCCAGAUAGCCAAGAAGGCUUCGACACCGUCCCUGAGCUCACCGCUCCGCGCCAGCUUCGCGAGCAGCGUUCCGGCUACUCCCUGCGGCAUAGAAGUCACAGCACUCCGAGCCGCAGCCGGUCACUUAGUCAGACCAGCGAGGCCAGUCGUCACAGUCAAGUGGCUAACGUUUUCCCCACCUGGGCGAAAGCGUACUACACCUAUGGCGCGCCUCUCCUCUCGUCCAGCCAGAUCUCCCUGGCUCUCCCCAUCGAUCCACAGCGGAUGCAGAACAUCCACCAAGUCCUCUACAGCAGUCGCGACUGGUCGGAUCGCAGCACCAUAAGUCGUCUGGGCAGCGUCAGCGAAAUCAGCAGUUUCGAGGCUGUGAGCCCAAUCAGCAACCGUUUCCUGCCCAACAUUUGGCGGCCGCGGAAUCGCAAGAGAUCGGUCACGGGGAUCAUUCGACACAUCAAGACGAUCUCAACCUCUCAGCCCUCCCAGCCGAGCAUGAGUCAACCGAGCAUAAGUCCCCCCGAGUCGAUGAUGCGCGUCCUUUACCUCCCAUCGAGGAGCCAAGAUAUGGCCAUCUUAACGACACACCGGAAUCGCAGCGGCAUCGUCCGCUUCCCAAGCGAUAUUCCAAGCAAAAGCACUGGAACAAAAUGCAAUUCCCGCGACCGAUGA